AUGGAUAUAAUUUGGGAAAUAUUGAUCAUCCUUCAAGCCAAUUUUAUUGUCUGCAUAUCAGCGCAGCCGAAUCCGCCGAAAAUUCACGAAGGAUGGUGGGCGUACAAGGAGGUGGUGCAGGGGAGCUUUGUUCCAGUGCCAUCAUUCUGGGGGCUGGUAAAUUCGGCAUGGAACCUGUGCUCGGUUGGGAAGAGGCAGUCGCCGGUCAACAUCGAGACCAGCCACAUGAUCUUUGACCCCUUCCUCACGCCUAUAAAGCUGAACACGGGCGGACGAAAGGUAAAGACACACCUACUACACUUAAACCUUACGUCCUAUGAUCAUGUAUUUACACCCGCUCCAUGUUUAGAGGCUACAGUGGGAGGGACCAUGUACAACACAGGCCGCCACGUCUCUCUGCGAUUGGACAAGGAGCACCUGGUUAACAUCUCUGGCGGGCCUAUGACAUACAGCCAUCGUCUGGAGGAGAUCCGGCUACACUUCGGCAGCGAGGAUGGACAGGGCUCUGAACACGUGUUGAAUGGGCAGGCCUUCUCUGGAGAGGUUCAACUGAUUCACUACAAUCAUGAGCUCUACACAAAUUAUACAGAAGCUGCUAAAAGCCCCAAUGGACUGGUCAUUGUGUCCAUAUUCAUGAAGAUUGCUGAGACAUCGAAUUCAUUCCUCAAUCGAAUGCUGAACAGAGACACCAUUACAAGAAUAACGUAUAAAAAUGAUGCGUAUCUACUGACCGGCCUGAACAUAGAGGAGAUUUACCCAGAGACGAGUAGUUUUAUCACAUAUGAUGGAUCGAUGACCAUCCCUCCGUGCUUUGAGACAGCCACAUGGAUCCUGAUGAACAAGCCAGUGUACCUCACGCGCAUGCAGAUGCACUCCUUGCGGCUGCUGAGCCAGAACCAGCCAUCUCAGAUCUUCCUGAGCAUGAGUGACAACGUUCGCCCGAUUCAACCGCUGAACAACCGUUGUAUUCGCACCAACAUCAACUUCAGCAUGCAGGGCAAAGACUGCCCCAACAACAGGGCUCAGAAGCUCCAGUACCGAGUGAACGAGUGGUUGCUAAAGUAG